CUUAAAUGUUGGAAAUCUGUGGUAUCGACCACGUGGCAAAGCUUUUGUAGCGUGUGAAAAGCCGACUCUAAAUAAUCUCCUAGAAGAAAACAAAAAUAAAUAAACUUGCAACGACUAGAUGGAACUAAAUGUGAAAGUGACCUUAUUUCAUCAACCAAUAAGAAAAUAUUACAGGAUGUAAUGUUUCUAAACCGUUUUAAGAAUUAAAGAGAUCAACAACUACUGAUAUUAAGACUAAGGAACAGUUGGAAUGAAAGUUAAUCUAAUCUAAUCUAAACAGAUAUGCACCAAGCUUGGAUAACUGCAGCGUAGCAGGAAUUAAGAGUAUGACAUUUUACAUAAGAAUAUUGAAGUGUACCAGACUAGCGACACCUAAGCAUCUUAGAAAACGAUGGCAACAAUGAUAGAAAGGUCUUUCGACUGCUAAAUCUCUUUGAUCGCUAGAAAUGUGUCAGGGGUGAUGACAUUUAACUGUUUGUGUGGGAGCUGGGAGUGACUCGUCAUCGAAAUUGUAGCUAAGGUUCCAGACAUGUUUGUAUAAAAACUAGAAAAUUAGUGCAAUCCCAUUUGUUCGAGGAUAUGGUUUACAUUGCGUCGGAUGGGAGUAUUCAGAGAGCACAGCCUUGGAGCCUAUCAAGGGUUGUCUCUUGGUUUUGGGGCUGUGUUGACUUUUUUGUAUUGUUUUUAAAAACAUUAGUCUCACCGGACACAAACAGACGUGGACCGCAGUACACAACUGACUACAGGAGACCAGGAGGUCCAAGUCCACCACCAGCACCUAGACGCCGUCUUGGAGGAUUUGGCAGUGGAGGUACAGCGGAUCUUAGUUCACUGCCUUGUGGUACAGGAGGAUGAGGUUAAGCUUAGCCUCCUAACGGCAUAGCCGUAGGAGGCAAGAGUAUCACAGCAUAGUAUCUUAUCAUAAGAUGCACAAGCUGUGAUAAUACUGUGUGGAUUCUAGCAGAAACACAGCAAUGGCCAUUCCUCUUCUGUUCUAUUUUACUAAAUUUGGUAUAAAUCAAAACUUGUUUAAGCCAUUGUUUGUGCUAACUGCUUAUGAAGUUGCACUAGUAAAACCAGUACACCUGGAGUGGUGCUGACUGAUGUGGGAUCUACACAGUAUACGUACUCCCUAGUUUAGAAAUAUAUAUUUAUGAAGAUCUUGAAAUUGAAGUAUUAUUGUUAGAUGUGUUAAAAUUUCAGUGUAAUGAUAAAUUUUAAUGUAAUUUGAAUGUACAAAUAAAAUACUCCAGUGCAAGUUUGACUUUCAUUAAAAGCUACAUAAUCAUUAUUUCCUGGCAGCUAACAAGUCUAUCGUUUCAAUGAUACUUGGAAUAAGCAUAAAGCAUAUUGCAUAAAAAUGACACACACAUUAACAAUAAAAAUAGAUGUAAUGUUUAUUCUGCAUUGUAUGAUAGUAAUUAAUCUGUGGUAAACUUCUAAGUUAAUUAGUUUUUGGCAUACAGUGAAUACAAUAAAAAUACAUCUUUAUAUGAA